AUGGCCUUUGAGUUGACCUACCGCUUGACCUUCAUCGACACCGUGGAGGCUCCGGCCAUUGGAGCCUUGCCUCGUUCCCGCAGCUUGCCAGUUUUGGGCAGCGCCCCAACUGCAGAUGAGGAGGUUCAAUACCAGGCCUAUGUGAGUCAGCUCUCGCAGCAGAUGGCUGAGAAAGAUUUGACUUUCCUGGCUCGGCAACCAGAAGUGGCUGAAGCCGAGAAUGAAGCGACGAAGUCAGAAGAAGCAGAACCAGGACCUCCAAGUCUUGGCAGCAUCGGUCAUGAGUGGGGUUUGUGUCGACGCCCUUGCAUUUACCACCUUUCUUGCGGUACUUGCACCAAGGGAGCAGAUUGCGGCUUUUGCCACAUGCCUCAUGGAGAGCGAGUUCCAAAGCUUGACAAGCAACAGCGCACUGUGCUACAAGAGCUAGGCGCUGGAGAGCUGUUGGCUUUGGUUCUGGAGCCAUUGAGGGCCAAAGCGGCGCAGAUGGGACUGGAGGAGAAUGCAGCAGAGCUCAUUGAGUUGUUGGAGAUGGAGCGUGCUGGGCAAACCUCCGUGCUCAAGAACAACAAGAAGCAUCCAAAGCUGCAUUGCAUCCGAAAGAUCAUGGGCCGCAUGAGCAUUGCGGGCCUGGUGGGCAUUGCUGGGUACAGCCAGACCGGGACAGAUUUUCGUGAUCGGUUGACGGGAGCAGUCGAGAAGAUGCGUGGUCAGCUCCAGACAGACAAGACUGUGGCCGUGGCCGAGGGCCGUUGCUCGUGUGAAGAAAUGGCCGGAAGUUUCGAGCAGGCCAAUUGCCGAAGAUUGCCGAAGAUUGCCGUUUCCAUGUCCGCGGGGCAUCUCUUGAUCUGCAAUGAUGGCAUGUCAGAGCAGAAAUGCCUCUCAGCAAACGAGCCCUGGCGCUGCAUUGCGCCUGUCGCAGAAGUUCAAAGCAACAUUCCUGGCAUCGCCACUCUGAAGUGUCCUCGUUUUGGAUUCUUGAGCUGCCUGAAACCAGGUGACCAGAGGCCGAACGAAGCUGGUGUUGUUUCGCUGUUUCUCACCCAGGUCAUGGCCUUUGAGUUGACCUACCGCUUGACCUUCAUCGACACCGUGGAGGCUCCGGCCAUUGGAGCCUUGCCUCGUUCCCGCAGCUUGCCAGUUUUGGGCAGCGCCCCAACUGCAGAUGAGGAGGUUCAAUACCAGGCCUAUGUGAGUCAGCUCUCGCAGCAGAUGGCUGAGAAAGAUUUGACUUUCCGGGCUGAGCAACCUGAAGUGGCUGAAGCCGAGAAUGACGCGACGAAGUCAGAAGAAGCAGAACCAGGACCUCCAAGUCUUGGCAGCAUCGGUCAUGAGUGGGGUUUGUGUCGACGCCCUUGCAUUUACCACCUUGCUUGCGGUAAGUGCACAAAGGGAGCAGAUUGCGGCUUUUGCCACAUGCCUCAUGGAGAGCGAGUUCCAAAGCUUGACAAGCAACAGCGCACUGUGCUACAAGAGCUAGGCGCUGGAGAGCUGUUGGCUUUGGUUCUGGAGCCAUUGAGGGCCAAAGUGGCAGAGAUGGGAUUGGAGGAGAACGCAGCAGAGCUCAUUGAGUUGUUGGAGAUGGAGCGUGCUGGGCACACCUCCGUGCUCAAGAACAACAAGAAGCAUCCAAAGCUGCAUUGCAUCCGAAAGAUCAUGGGCCGCAUGAGCAUUGCGGGCCUGGUGGGCAUUGCUGGUUACAGCCAGGCCGGGACAGAUUUUCGUGAUCGGUUGACGGGAGCAGUCGAGAAGAUGCGAGACCAGCUCCAGUGA